AUGUCUCCAGAACUGUAUUUGGUAAAAAGGUUCAUAGCCAAGAACAUUACGAGGCUGCAGCGUCUGGGGAUAACCCAUGUUCUGAACGCAGCAGAGGGGAAGUCAUUCAUGCAUGUGAACACUAAUGCCGAGUUCUAUGAAGGCACAGGCAUCAGAUACCAUGGCAUUAAAGCUAACGAUACACAAGAAUUUAACCUCAGUCGCUAUUUUGAGGAGGCAGCUGAUUUUAUUGAGAAAGCACUUUCCCAGAAGGAUGGACAAGUGUUUGUGCAUUGCCGUGAGGGUUACAGCCGUUCUCCUACACUGGUCAUCGCCUACCUCAUGCUUCGCCAGAAUAUGGAUGUCAAGUCUGCAUUGAGCACUGUCCGGCAGAAGCGAGAGAUUGGCCCCAAUGACGGCUUUCUAAGGCAGCUUUGCCAGCUCAAUGAGCAACUAGUGAAGGAGGGCAAAUUGAAGCCCUAGAACAGAGCACCGUAGUAUUUUUUUUGAAGUUUCUCAGACCAUCAUAGGACGUCUUAAGUGCUUUAGAUUCCCAAACCCCAACCACCAAGCUAAAUCGCAUGAUGUGAGGGAGACAGAAUUCCUGCUCUUGCCUAGUGAAAGUAUCUUUCUCGAACUCUGGGUCUGUCUUUCAAGAUGGCACAAAAUUGUGUCACAGUUUGGAGCUGUUGCAAUAAAGAGGUGUUUUUAGAGGGUAACUCCAGUGAUAACAGCUGUCUUCAGAUGUAUUUCAGAGCCCCAUAGCAUAUGUGGUUUGCAUUGACAUUGAGUGUGAUUCAUUUAAGCCUUGUCUUGUGUCCCGCCAGAGCACCGUUUUCUGAGAGCCCCAACACAUCUCUUCGCUCACUCUUAAUUGAAGUACUGUAUUUUCUAAAGCUUCUUUUUCAUGCACACAGGUGCCUAAAGUUUUGAGUGUAGGAGCUUCAAGGAAUGGAGAAGCAUAUAUACAAAUGCACAGAUGCACUUGCUUGUAAAAUGAAGCGUAUCCAGUGUUGUGUUUAGUGUGGAUUUAUGCAAUACACAGUGUGUGGUAGUAAAGCCAUUCAGAGCCCAAUCUUGAUGCACACUGUAUUUCCAAGAAUAUUUGUACCUCUUGCUGUUGUGAUUGACGUGAAAUAGUCUGAUAUUAAAUGCUCUUUUAUUUUU